AUGGAAAUGGAAAAAUAUUACGAAUAUCAAAACAGUAUUCUUUCAAUUUUAAAAAAGACCUUUUACUAUGGUUUCAUUCCAUUAGUUUUAUUUAAAGGUUGGAGAUCAAUGAAGAACCCAAAUAUUGCAGAAUUUAUCUUUGGUCCAUUAGGAAUUAUGGAACAAUAA